GCCGCGCAACCGUGUUUGCGGUUCAACAAAAAGAGUAAAGUGACUAAACGCUGAGAAAAACUCCCGGAGAAGCGACUGAGAUCUCUUUAUUAUCAUCAACCAAUAUAAAGAUGACGUCUCUUAAAGAGGAGAGUGAAGAUCUGAGGAUUACAGAAGUGUUCACACUGAAACAUGAAGAUCCUGAGGAACAAACAGGGCUGAUGGUGCUGAAAGAAGAGGCUCAGGUACUAAAUGAAAUUGAAGAGAAAGAUCAGUGUGGGAAACACCAAGAUUCAAUGACCGAUGAACCAUCUGAAAGAGCUGAGAAAACCAAAUCUUUCCCCUGUCAUCAGUGUGGAAAACAUUUUAGUCGAAAACAAAGCCUUAAAGUUCACAUGAGAAUUCACACUGGAGAGAACCUUUCCACAUGUGAUCAGUGUGGAAAGAGUUUCAAUACAAAAUCAGGUUUUGACAAGCACAUGAAAACUCACAGCGGAGAGAAGCCUUUCUGGUGUACCGAGUGUGGAAGGAGUUUCUGUAAAAAAUACACCCUUGAAAUGCACAUGGCAGUUCACACAGGGGAGAAGCCUUUCGCCUGCGAGCAUUGCGAAAAGAAAUUCCGUCAAAUGGGUAAUCUUAAAGCUCACUAUCGUGUUCACACUGGAGAGAAGCCGUACACCUGCCAACAGUGUGGAAAGAGUUUUACAAAAAAGACAACCCUUAGGUCUCACAUUAUCAGUCACUCUGGAGAGAAACCGUUCACGUGCGAUCAGUGUGGAAAGAGUUAUGCAUGCAAAGAUCACCUCGACCGACACAUGAGGAUUCAUACGAAAGAUAAAUAUUUCAUAUGUGAUCAGUGCGGAAGCAGUUUUAAACUGAAAGAAAACUUUGACCAGCACAUGAAGAACCACGCGGAGAAAUCUUUAAUAUGUGAGCAGUGCGGAAGGAGUUUCUUUUGCGAAGCAACUUAUGAAAAGCACAUGAGAGUUCACACCGGAGAGAAGCCUUACUCGUGUACAGAGUGUGGAAAGAGUUUCAGUCAAAAGGAAAACCUCACAUCGCACAUGAGAAUUCACACCGGAGAGAAGCCUUUUGCCUGUGAGUACUGCGAAAAGAGGUUCAGUCAAUUACCAGCCCUUAAAGUCCACAUGAGAGUUCACACCGGAGAGAAACCUUACACCUGCGCACAAUGCGGAAAGGGUUUCGCCCAGAAAAACGGCCUUAAAAUUCACAUGAGAACGCACACUGGAGAGAGACCUUACACUUGCACGCAGUGUGGUAAAAGCUUUAUAAGUAAAGAGACCCAAAUUCGACACAUGAAAACUCAUCACACUGGAACGAAACCGUUCGCAUGUGAGGAUGUGGAAAGAGAUUUAGAUGUGAAAUUCCCUCAACCAACACAUGAAGAUUCACACUGAAGAGAUUACAUGUCAUCAGUCUGGAAAGAGGUUCACUGAAAGGACUCGCAAAUUGCACAUAGCCAAGCACAUCUAAAGUCUGGCCACAAUAACAAUUCUCAAAAUUUGCCCAAGUGAGCAUUUCAAUUUGUCUCUUGCCGAUUAUUCUAGCAACAAACAUCCAAUGCUGCUGUUUACUCCACUGAAAUGCCAUACUUUUAAAUCAUGAAUAGGCAACUUAGGUCCUGGAGAGCUGGUGUCCUGCAGAGUUUACCUCCAACCCUAAUCAAACACACCUGCCUGUAGCUGGUCUUGAAGACACUGCCUAGCUUGAUAAGUGAUGAACUCUGUAGGCCAGUGGCCCUCCUGGGCUGAAGUUGCCAGCCCUAAGUAGUGCACAAUUUGAAAGAGCAGUGAUUGGUAGUGGUGUCCGAAACCAUAGUGGACGUUCUGAAUCACACUCAAAUCAAUCUCAUGCACUCCCAAUAAGUCAUUGUCUUUGUUGCUUGCUUGGUUCUGGUGUUUUUUAGCUACUCCUCUUUUCAAAAAAUUAAAGGGUUACGGCUGAAACUUCUGCUAUUUCCUUGUCCCGACUUAGGACAGGGGAUUUAAAACUGAGCUAUAUCGCCGAAAGCAGUUGUGAAAUAUGCCAAUAAAUCUGAAGUAAGCU